UGGUUCGAGACCUAGAGACAAGCUCUGCUCAGAACCACCCUUCACAGAACAGAGGAAAGUCAAGCUUACCUGCUGUCAGCAAGCUGUCGCUAACAACAUGCACUUUGUCACACUAAUUGUUGGGAUCUGGCUUCUUCCAAAAGCCAACACCCUGAAAUGUUAUGAGUGUACGCCAGAAAUCACUGGAACCUGCACUGAUCAAGCAAAAGAAUGCACCUCAACAGAUAAUCGAUGUGCAGCAAUGACAGUACUGACAUAUACAGGUGAUUCUAAACCCAGAGAGAUCAAGGCUAAAUCGUGUACUAAGGCUGAAGGUUGUGUGAACGGCUCAGUCAACUUUGGAUUUAGCAAAACUGUGGUGGAGUGCUGCGCCUCAGACCUUUGCAACACCAAACAUGUCUCAGACCCCAAGUCGAUUCCAAACGGCAAAAAGUGCUACAGUUGUGAAGGACAGAAAUGUACUAAAACCCUAAACUGUGAAGGGGAUCAGGACUACUGCAUCAAAACAAGAGUGAAUUUUGGAGGGGAAACUCUGACCCUGAAAGGCUGUGCCUCCAAGAUGGUGUGCGACGAAAAUGCCCUUGCAUCACUUCAAACUGUUAUUGGACCAGGAAGCAGCUGCUGCCAGGGGGAUUACUGCAACAGUGCCAGCAGUGCAAGUGCUGGCCUGCCGCUGUUGCUCAUGUCACUCUCAUGUUUGGUCUUGUUAAUUUAGAAAAUAAACACACAUGCAUCAACAGAAAGCUUUCUCUGUAACAAUGUAAUUUCCAUUGUUUUAGUUGUGUAAUAAAGUUAUAUCUGUGUUUGUCUUUCCUUUUGCUAAUUUGUUAGAAUGCUCAAAAGGUUAAUUGUCGAAACCUACAAUUAUAAUUUUUCAAGAGUAAAAAAGGGAAAAAAAGGAUAAUUCUUCAUUCAGUUUCUUAAUAAACCCUGUUGUUUUAUUAGAGAUGUUAAACAAUUUGUUAACAUUAAAGAGAGAGAAAAAAA